UAACACACAAACUGUCUGUCGGUAGAAUAUUGUAACAAUAAAUUUGCUUAAACAUGUCGGACACAGACGCAGUUCACGGAGGUCAAAAGCAGAAGGACGUGUUCUCCACUCUGCUGGCUGUUGGAGAUUGUUUGUUCCUUAAAGGAGUGUAUAACAAAGCUAUAGACAGCUACACAACGGCACUGUCCAUAAGGCCUGAUGAUAAGACAUGCUUUGUUGGCCGAGCCAAAUGUUUCAUGAAGAUGGGGCAGUUUGAAAACGCAUUGAAAGAUGCUGAGGCUUCACUCAAAGAAGACAAGACAUAUUUCAAGGGGUUGUACCAGAAAGCUGAGGCAUUGUACUACAUGGGAAAAUUUGAAUUUGCACUGGUGUUUUACCACAGAGGACAAAAGCUACGUCCUCUAAUGCAGGAGUUUAAACUGGGUAUUCAAAAAGCAGAAGGGGCCAUAGAGAAUUCUGUUGGCAGCCCUUCUUCUGUAAAACUUGAGAUUAAGGGAGGCCUAACAUUGCUCCCUGAGGACGAGAAGAGGGAACAGCCCAUCACCGCUACUCAGCAUCCGACCACAAAACAGCAAAACCAGAAGAUCCCAAAGUGUGAGAAGACAACAAAACAACUGCUUGGAGAGUUUCACAGUGAUAAGAAGUUUCUCGAAAACCUGCUUCAUAAUGAAGACUUGGCAAAAGGUAAGACAAAGGGUGGGGAACGAUUGCAGGACGUUAUUCAAAGCUGCCUCUCAUCCCUUGACACUUGCACAAAGUUUUUGAGUCAGAAGAAACCAAUCAGUGCAGCCGAAGGGCAGCGUAAGCAAAAAUGUAGCAAGCCCCACCGUAGCCCACCCUGUGAGCCUGCUCUGUUUCUGUUGAAGAGCCUGGAUGAGAUUGAUACAGAGUUGACAUCUGGAAAUGCUGAGGGUAGUCUCAGGAAGGCGGAAGAAGUGAUGAAGACCUUGCAGGGGUGGUCAGAGAGAGAUGUGCCGAAUAAGAAAGAGGUUUUGGGCUGCCUGCACAGUUGUGUUGGCAAUGCCUUGAUGGACUUGGGGGAUUUGGACAAAGCAUUAGAACACCAUCAAAAAGACUUGGAGUUGGCUUCACAGUGCAAACUUACACAGGCAAUGUCGAGGGCACUGGACAACAUUGGGCAGGUUUAUGCCCAGACUGGACAGUACACACAGGCCAUUGAGUGCUGGGAGAAGAAGGUUCCCUUGGUCUCUGAUGUUCUGGAGAAGACCUGGCUGUUCCAUAACAUUGGUUGGUGUUAUCUGGAGCUUAAACAGCACCAAGAGGCCAGAGACUACGGCAUCCGUUCAGGCGCUGCAGCUGAGGAAAUUGCUGAUGUAAAAUGGCAAAUAAAUGCCAAUGUUUUGGUGGCACAAUCAGAAUUGAAACUUGAAAACUUUGAAUCCUGUAUCUCGUACUUCGAGAGAGCGUUGUCCAAGGCCAGACUGCAAGAUGACCACUGUGCAGUGAAUGCCAUUCAGAAGGCUCUUGAUGAAGCAAAGCAACACCUCCAGCAGUGAGAGUGGUCUACACAAAAAAAAAAAAAACUAUUCAAUGAAAUUUGAUAGAAUAAAAUUCUGCUCCUUCGUUGAGGACGUUUGGUUGAAAGAGCUUUAUAAAAUACUUGAUUACACUUGUUCAAAAGCAUUAAGGCUUCUCCAGGUGAUAGAUGUAGGAUGGACUGUGGUUCACAGGAAGCAAAUCACUACCACUUUUUCUUUGUGUACGAUUCACAAAGAAUUAACAAAUGUGUUAGGGACAAAAUGUUACUUUUAAAUGGGUCGCAGAAAUCUUACAAUCACUAUGAAUGACUGAACACUUAUUUGGAAUACAGAGCAGCUUUCAGCAAUGACAGAAAGCUGGUCUGAUAUAAUUCAUAAAAUCUUUAUAUUGGAAUGGAUGACCUCCUCUUUGAGGCUUUAGAAAAACAAUAGAGUAGUUAUAGAAAAAAAACCUGAAAUAUUUCCCAGAUACAACAGAUCAUUUUAUGUUUGUUAUAAACACCUGCACAUACACGUUUGUAGCUCCUUUUGCUUUCCUUUUUGAAUGGAAAACAUUGUCUUUGUUUUCUUCUUUGUUUUAUAUACUGUAACAAAAAAGGUAAGAUGGAUCACUCUGGGCGUUGUCUUAAUGAUGACUGUAUUAUUAUUAUUAUUUGUAAUUCGGUGUGAUUCCAAAUAAAGAGAAUGUAAAGUAUGUAUGAUGUACUAAGGGCUUUAUGAAUCGUUAUA